CUCGCCACCACUCCGCCUAUACUUAAAUUUAACCAAAAUGGCGGCGUCUGGGGGGAAACGGCGCGAUGAAGCCAGCGACAAUUCCGAUGACGAGCUUACACCCCUCGCCAACGAUAUAUAUGGGGGCAGUCAAAGAACAGUACAAGAAACGAAAGGAUGGGACGUGUUCCGAGAAUUCCCUCCGAAGCAGGACAGUAUUUCUAUGGAAACUCAGAAAUGGCUGGAAUUCACAGUACGCAUGUUGAAGGUGAUGGCGUACCUUGUCGUCUUUGUUGUAGUCCUCGGUUCUGGAGUCCUAGCGAAAGGCACAAUGCUUUUCAUGACAUCACAACUCAAAAAAGAUAGACGGCUCGAAUACUGUAAUAAGAAUUUAGGUAGAGACAAACAAUUCAUAGUCAGUUUACCGGAUGAGGAGCGUGUGGCGUGGAUGUGGGCUGUUCUCGCUGCGUUCGCUAUUCCCGAACUAGGAACACUUAUUCGCUCUAUUAGGAUAUGCUUCUUCAAAUCCUCAAAACGGCCAUCCUUCGUGCAGUUCAUGGUGGUAUUCAUUGCUGAAUCUCUACACACCAUCGGCAUGGGUCUCCUAUUUUUCAAGAUCCUUCCAGAAUUGGAUGUGAUUAAAGGCGCCAUGGUAACGAACUGCCUUUGCAUCAUUCCUGCUAUACUCGGACUGCUUUCACGAAACUCAAGAGAUUCUAAAAGAUUUGUCAAAGUUAUCGUAGAUAUGGCUGCGAUAGUGGCUCAGGUCACCGGAUUCUUUGUGUGGCCACUUUUGGAGAACAAGCCAGUCCUAUGGUUGAUUCCAGUUUCCGCGCUUUGCAUAUCUCUGGGAUGGUGGGAAAACUAUGUUACUCGGCAGAGUCCUAUAGGUAUAAUCAAAAGUUUAGCAAGACUCAAAGAUGGAUUAAAUUUCUCCCGCUACUACACCUAUCGGUUCAUGUCCAUUUGGAAAAUCUUUGUCUUUAUGAUGUGCAACCUGUUUUUCAUAUGGCUCGAGGGCGACGAACCCAGCAUGUUCUUCCAAUUGUUCAAUGCUGGGUUUGGACAACAUAACAUUGUUGUAGAAGAAGUACAAAUACAACUGGGCGGUACAGUAAUACCUGAUCUCGCAAACAUUACUCUAACUGGAGAUUCCGUAGAAGUGGCAGCAGCAUACAAUUCCGCGGUAUACGUGAUGCUGAUUCAGAUAUUCGCAGCAUACAUCUGUUACAUAUUCGGGAAAUUUGCUUGCAAGAUCUUAAUACAAGGAUUCAGUUACGCUUUCCCCAUUAAUCUGGUCAUACCGUUGGUUGUUAAUUUCUUGAUUGCCGCUUGCGGAAUUAGAAAUGGCGACACUUGUUUCUUCCAUGGAACUAUACCCGAUUAUCUGUUCUUCGAAAGUCCGCCAGUUUUUACACUAAGUGACUUUAUAUCACGUCAAAUGGCAUGGAUAUGGUUAUUAUGGCUAUUGUCACAAACGUGGAUUACGAUACAUAUUUGGACCCCGAAAGCCGAACGUUUAGCUUCUACAGAGAAAUUGUAUGUUCUUCCUAUGUAUAACGGGCUACUUAUUGAUCAAAGUAUGGCGCUCAACAGAAAGAGAGACGACCAAAAGGAUGUAAAGACUGAGGAUCUUGCCGAAAUAGAAAAGGAAAAAGGAGAUGAAUACUACGAAACUAUUUCUGUUCAUACGGAUAAUACAGGUUCUUCACCAAAAGCAGUAAAGUCUUCUGACUCGAUUACAAGAAUAUACGCUUGCGCUACUAUGUGGCAUGAAACUAAAGACGAAAUGAUGGAGUUCUUGAAGUCUAUCCUGCGGUUGGACGAAGACCAGUGCGCUCGACGUGUGGCUCAGAAGUAUUUGCGCGUGGUCGAUCCCGAUUACUACGAAUUCGAGACUCACAUCUACUUGGACGACGCUUUCGAAAUAUCAGAUCAUAGUGACGACGAUUCUCAGGUGAACCGUUUCGUUAAACUUCUAGUCGACACGAUUGACGAAGCCGCAUCGAAUGUGCAUCAGACAAAUAUCCGAAUUCGCCCUCCGAAGAAAUAUCCCGCACCAUACGGUGGCCGCCUGACUUGGGUAUUGCCAGGAAAAACGAAAAUGAUUUGUCACUUGAAAGAUAAGGCAAAGAUUCGACACAGGAAACGUUGGUCUCAGGUGAUGUACAUGUACUACCUUCUGGGCCAUCGCCUAAUGGAAUUGCCUAUACCCGUGGAUCGUAAGGAAGUUAUGGCCGAAAACACAUUUUUGCUUACACUUGAUGGAGAUAUUGAUUUCCAACCCCAUGCUGUUCGGCUACUUAUUGAUUUGAUGAAAAAGAACAAAAAUCUGGGAGCAGCUUGUGGUCGUAUUCACCCUGUUGGCUCUGGUCCUAUGGUGUGGUAUCAACUAUUCGAAUAUGCUAUUGGUCAUUGGCUGCAAAAGGCGACUGAACACAUGAUCGGCUGCGUACUCUGUAGUCCGGGAUGCUUCUCCCUCUUCAGGGGAAAGGCGCUCAUGGACGACAACGUCAUGAAGAAAUAUACACUGCGAUCUGAUGAGGCCCGGCAUUACGUACAGUACGAUCAAGGGGAAGAUCGAUGGUUAUGUACGCUUUUGCUACAAAGAGGUUACCGAGUAGAAUACUCAGCUGCAUCCGACGCCUACACCCACUGUCCAGAAGGUUUCAGCGAGUUUUACAACCAACGUCGUCGAUGGGUGCCUUCGACUAUAGCUAACAUUAUGGACUUGCUUGUGGACUGCAAACAUACGAUCAAAAUCAACGACAACAUAUCUACCCCCUACAUUGCUUACCAAAUGAUGUUGAUGGGUGGUACGAUCUUGGGCCCCGGCACUAUAUUCCUUAUGUUGGUGGGUGCUUUCGUGGCAGCUUUUAGAAUUGACAACUGGACCUCCUUUGAAUACAACCUCUAUCCCAUUGCGAUUUUCGUGUUCGUUUGCUUCACAAUGAAAUCAGAAUACCAGCUCCUGGUGGCACAAAUAUUGUCAACGGCAUAUGCUAUGAUAAUGAUGGCUGUAAUCGUGGGUACCGCUCUUCAGUUAGGGGAGGACGGUAUAGGAUCGCCGUCGGCCAUUUUCUUGAUAUCACUUUCGAGUUCAUUCUUUAUAGCGGCUUGUUUACAUCCACAAGAGUUUUGGUGUAUCGUUCCCGGUAUUAUUUAUCUGUUGUCUAUACCUUCUAUGUACUUGCUUUUGAUUUUGUAUUCUAUUAUAAAUCUGAACGUAGUAUCAUGGGGUACUCGUGAAGUACAGACAAAGAAAACUAAAAAGGAAAUUGAGCAAGAGAAAAAGGAAGCAGAAGAGGCAAAGAAAAAGGCAAAACAAAAAUCUCUCUUGGGCUUCCUUCAAGGUGUGAACAGUAAUGAAGAAGAAGGAUCUAUAGAAUUUUCGUUCGCCGGUCUUUUCAAGUGUCUAUUGUGUACACAUCCUAAAGGAAAUGAGGAGAAAGUACAACUCCUGCAUAUAGCGUCCACCCUUGAGAAAUUAGAGAAAAAGUUGGAAGUCGUUGAGAAAGCUGUUGAUCCUCACGGCAUAGCCAGAAGCAGAAAAUUGUCUUUAGGACACCGGGGUAGCACCAAUGGUGAUCAUCAACUAAACCCGCUAGCUGAAGGGCCAGAGGAAGAAAAUGAUUCAGAUUCUGAUACUGGCACCUUGUCUACGGAACCUAGAGAAAGGAGAGACGAUCUCAUAAAUCCCUACUGGAUUGAGGACCCUGAUCUGAAAAAAGGAGAAGUAGACUUUUUAAGUCCACCUGAAAUUCAAUUCUGGAAAGAUCUCCUUGACAAAUAUUUAUACCCUAUUGAUGAAGACAAAGAUGAAAAGGCACGUAUUUCGAGAGAUCUGAAAGAAUUGAGAGACUCGUCUGUAUUUUCAUUUUUCAUGAUCAAUGCUCUUUUCGUUCUCAUUGUAUUCUUACUGCAAUUGAACAAGGACAACAUUCACGUUAAAUGGCCCUUCGGAGUUAAAACUAACAUUACAUAUGAUGAGGUUUCACAAGAGGUGCUCAUAUCAAAAGAAUAUCUACAAUUGGAACCUAUUGGUCUCGUUUUCGUAUUUUUCUUUGCGUUGAUCUUGGUAAUACAGUUCACCGCUAUGUUGUUCCAUAGAUUUGGAACUAUUUCGCACAUAUUGUCAUCUACAGAACUGAACUGGUUCUGUACGAAGAAGUCGGACGACUUAUCUCAGGAUGCAUUAUUAGAUAAGAAUGCAAUAGCAAUAGUAAAAGACUUACAGAAACUAAACGGUCUAGAUGACGAUUACGAUAAUGACUCAGGAUCGGGACCGCACAAUGUGGGUAGAAGGAAAACAAUUCACAACUUGGAGAAAGCUAGGCAGAAGAAGAGGAACAUAGGAACGCUUGAUGUGGCCUUCAAGAAACGGUUCUUUAAUAUGAAUGCUAAUGAUGGACCAGGUACACCUGUUCUUAAUCGCAAGAUGACCCUUAGACGAGAAACGCUGAAGGCUUUAGAGACUAGACGCAACUCAGUGAUGGCGGAGAGAAGAAAAUCACAAAUGCAGACCCUAGGUGCUAAUAACGAAUAUGGAGUUACUGGAAUGCUGAACAACAACCUUGGACCUCGUCAUAGGCCGUCGAACGCUAAUAUUUCAGUAAAAGAUGUGUUCGCGGAACCUAAUGGAGGACAAAUAAAUCGAGCAUACGAAGCUUCGUUAGGCGACGAUGACGACACCAAUUCAAUGAGACUACAGCCAAGACAAAACCAAGUUUCGUUCCAAGGCAGAUUCUAAGUGUCAAAAAUAAUGAGAUUUUUGUAGAUAGUAACUUAGAUUGUAAAAAUAUUCUCAUAAUUCAUGAAACAUCUUUUACUUUUUUUAUACGAACAAUGUAUGCUUGUGAUAUUUUAUUUUUCGUGACACGGUACUUUGUAUAAACAGUCACAGAAUAAAAACCAUUAUAGGAA